AUGGAUCCGCGCGAUGGCAUCACCAAGCUGGUAGUCGGUAACGAAGCCGAGAAUGUCCACGUCCAUCAAGGCUUGUUGUGCAGGUCAUCGGAAUUCUUCAAGCGCGCAAUGAAACCCGAGUGGGCUAGCUUGAGGGAAGACCCAAAUACAAUCCAACUGCUCGAAGAUUCGACGAAAAUGGUAGUUUUCUACGUUCAGUGGCUGUAUCGCGAGGAGCUUGUGCUUGAUGUGCCACAUCCCGCAAAAGAAGAUGACGCGUAUCGUGCUGCCAAAUCGGACAUCCUGUACACGAGGCUUGCAGAAGCUUACGUCUUUGGGGAGAAGAUCAUGGACGUCACCUACAAGAAUCAGGUUCUUCGGAAAUUUGUGGCUGUUCAGCGCAACUUCUACUACAGCCCCGGCCCAACUCCGGUAUCCAUUAUCUAUGCAGGCACGCCGAGUGGCUCACGGAUGCGACUCCUCAUUUGUGACUUCAUCGCUUACAGUGUAUCGGGUGACGCAUCCUGGGUUACCCACUUUGAUGGGUACCCGCAUGAAACCCUCGUUGAAGCAAUCAAGUUGAUGAGUACGCUGCGCGAGAGUCCGGAAGAUCGACCGUACAAGGCCGACAUUAAGAAAUAUAUCGAAGAGGAAGAAGCACGGGUAAUUCAAGACUCGCGCUUCGUGGACGAUGAAGCUGACUCGUGGAAGGUUUUCCAAUUGACAAACGGCAAAUACUGA